UGCGAAAUCAAGGAGAAGGACAGCGCCCAGAAUAACUGUAACCCUCUGCGAACAGCCCGCAGCAUCUCGUCGGGAAUGGGAUCCCGGUUAAACCCUGCGGGUCGUGGGACAUUAAAACAGAGGUCAUGUCCUUCAGUUUGUUAAAGCCACAGUGCCACACACAGCGCUCCAAGCAUGCAGUGAUACUUUGUCUCCACUCAGCAGCUCCGUUCAAUCCAAAAGCAACGUGCCUUGUAAGGAAGCAGGAUGUUCACGGGCUCCACCAAGCUGCCACCCACUAAAACCCCCCAGCCCGAGCGGCUGGACGAAGUCUACGCUGCCUUACGGCGAGGCUUACAGUCGUACCUGCAGGUCCACCAGCUGGAGCUGGACAGUCUGGGUCAGCAGAUCAGGGAGAACAAGAAGAACAGUCGCCUGGGGUCUUUGUAUGAGUUAGAUAAGCAAGUGAAGGCCAUAGAGAGGUUUAUGCGUCGUUUGGAGUUUCACCUCAGCAAGGUUGAAGAGCUGUACGAUGCUUACUGUAUACAGCGGCGGCUGCGUGACGGAGCGAGUAAGAUGGUGGCGGCGUUUAACUCGGCCACCGGCAGCAGGGAGGCUCGGGAGAGUCUGAGCGAAGCUAACAAGGGCUACAGGGAAUAUACAGAGCACAUGUGCUCUUUGGAGAGCGAGCUGGAAAGCCAGAUGGGAGAGUUUCAUGUUAAGAUGAAGGGCCUUGCUGGAUUUGCACGACUGUGCGCUGGUGAUCAGUACGAGGUCCUCAUGCGUUACGGGCGUCAGCGCUGGAGGCUACGAGGUCGCGUGGAAGUCAGCAACAAGCAGAUGUGGGACGGCGAGGAGUUUACUUUCCUGCCUUUAAUCACAGAACUGUUGUCAAUCAAGGUGACGGAGCUGAAGAGCCUGGCCAAUCACGUGGUGGUGGGCAGCGUGUCCUGUGAGAUGCUCGACCUGUUCUGCCCGCUCCCGCAGACGCUCGCCGUGGACAUCAACGACCUGGGGACGGUCAAGCUGAACCUGGAGGUUACCUGGAGUCCUUUUGAUAAGGAUGAUCAGACGACGUCCUGCAGUACAGUUUCCAAACGACUGCUGUCCAAUCAGAGUCCUCCUGACACGCCAUCGAUGCGAGAGCAGGUCUUCUAUUCCCUGUUGAAGCGUCAGGGGGAGAUGGAGAACGGAACGGUUUGGUCCAACUCCUCUGAGUCAUCCGACGACUCCUCCAGCCCGGCGCUGGCUCACCAGAGGCUGACUGCCUCCAACGUGCUGCAGACUGCGCCCACCGCUCAGCUGUCGCUGGCGCCGCACAGCUCCAGCGUGUCAACGCCAUCGCUCUCGUCCAACCAGGAGGAGGACGAGACGGAGGGGGGAGAUGUUUUCACUCAGGCGGAGGCGGUGCCCAACGGCCACCUGCAGACGUCCCGCUCUCGCAGCCUGGGUGCCGCAGAGAGCGUCUCGGACUGCGCCGCAACUGACGGGACAUCUGUCCAAUCAGAGGACGUCUCUGACACAUCCUGCCCUGACUCUGUCGCCCCAGUGCUGUCGGUGGAGGGGGGCAACGUGUCRGCUGCAGACACACAGGGCGAACCAUGUGAGGAGUUGCCGGUGGACUAUCAGCAGACUGAAGCAGAAACAGAAGAAAACCCAGCYGAAGCUGCAGAGGAACAUCAGGAGGAACAAAACAAACCCUAUCAGUCUGUCCAGGAGUUAAAACCAGAGGAGGCUCCAACGGUCUCUUUCCCCACUUCAGCCAGCUUCAAUCAGGAAGUCGAGACGGCCCUCGAGAGCUUCGACUUUCUCAACAACUCUGAUCUGGACGAGGCUGAUGAAGAGGAAGACGGACAGCGGCAGAAGGACGAGGGAGAAAAAGAAGAGCAGGGAGGAACACAAGAAGAUCAAAACGAUAAAGAAGAUAAAACAGAAGAGGAAAUAAAUCAGAAGGUGGAGAACUUGUACUCUGAGGGCAGUGAUGAAGAGGAGGCAGACGGUUUGGAGUUCCUUAUGGAAGCUCCAGAAGGAUUCAGGAACUCUGAUGAAGACUGUUUCUCUGAAUCACAGGAGUCGAACGCCGACGACGUGCAGGAUCUGGGUGAAGUGGAAAUUCCAGAGGAGGAAGAUGAGCGAAGCGAGGAAAAUGGAGACGAACCAGGGGAGGAAAUGUCACUCGAUCAGCAGGAGCCUCCUUCCUCUCCCAGCUAGUCGGCAGCUCUUACUGGACUCUGUUGAUCCGUUUGGACGUUCGGUGCCAUCUUUCUCCCACACUGCAGACACGGAGGCCUUUAGGAUGUUCCACUCACAGCUCAGACAAACAAACUCCUCCAUCUCGCUGGAGUUUGUGCUCAUUUUUUUUGCCUUGUUUACCGUGAAAGGAUAAGCCCGGAGGUUCGUGCAGCUGGCUGAAAACAGAAACUCUGUCACGUCGCCCGGGUUAAAAAGUGGGACACCGCUUACGUUUACACUUUCAGACGCUGAUCCUGUCGUGUUAAAACCCCAAACAUUUCAGGAGCAGAUCCAAGCGGCCUUGUGUUAGUGCAUUUUUUUAAGUUACUUGGAACUAAUUUUAUAAAUUACCUUUUUUUUUUCAGUCGACAGGAAAAAAAUAAACCAAGUUGCUUUAGAAUAUUUUCAAAAAGCUUAGUAUUUACGGAUAUAAAGUCAUGAUUUUCAGUGUUAAAUGGGCUCUAAACUCAGUGGAAAGAGCAUGUGAUGUUUAUCGCUACGCCAGGAAUGUACCCUGAAAACACAAAAAGAUCUUUUUCCUUCAAAACAUCCUUUUCGUUUGUCCGAGCUGAGCUGUUUAAGAAAUGUUGGUAAGCUCCAGAAGAAAAGGAGCGCAGAACUCAUUUAUUUUUAAAGCAAACAUGAAAACCAUCUGCAGUGUGGAGCUAUAUUUAAACCUGCAUGUGUAGCUGUCUCAUGCUGCCAGCAUGUCUCUGUGAUUAUUAAGAAAAGAAAAAGAAAAAAAAACAAAGCUUAAAUGAUAAAUUUUCAGUGUGUAAGCUAAGCUCUGCUCCAAAAAAGCCACUCGGUCUGUAACUGUGUCCAAAGGCCGCCUCUUGGGCGUGCUGUAGUCUUUCAUCGUUGUGCUUUUAUUUUUUUGUUUAGUUUUUUUUAACGUUUUUUUCUUCGAAAAGCCUCGUCAUUCAGAAAGUGCCUCAAGUCGACGGAGAUGUUACGGUUUUAAAAYGCCACGACGGGAAAAGAAUCCGGUGGACGAUGACAAGUGUUUAUUUUCUGAAUCACUUUAAAGAGUGUGCAAAAUAAGAGAUAUUUACUGUUUCAUAUCAAGAAUUGUAUAUGUCCUGAAAUGUUCAAAUGUUUAUGAUCUGAAAUGUUUAAACUUUAUAAAAGUUUCUUUAAAAGCA